AUUACAGGUAAUACUUGUGAUUCUUUUCAAUGCACAGUGCAACAUCCAAGUGAAGAUAUCCAGAUUCUUUUGGUCGGAAAAACAGGGGUGGGGAAAAGCGCAACAGGCAACAUUAUCCUUGGACAGAAGGUUUUUAAAUCAGAGAUAUCAUCCUCUUCUGUGACCGGGGAGUGUGAAAAAAAUCAUGCAAUAAUAAAUGGCAGAAAAGUAUCUGUCAUUGACUCUCCAGGUCUGUUUGACACCAGCCUAACUACAGAGGAAGUGGUCAACAGAAUUAAACUCUGUAUCCCACUCUCUGCUCCUGGUCCACAUGUCUUCUUAGUUGUGAUACAGCUGGGCAGAUUCACAGAUGAAGAGGCAGAAGCUGUUAGAAUCAUUCAAGCUGUUUUUGGUGAGGAAUCCUCCAAUUACAUCAUGGCACUGUUCACUCAUGGAGAUCAGCUGGAGGGCAAAAACAUUCACACAUUUGUGCGGGACAACCCAAAACUGCUCAAUUUCAUCAAAAGAUGCAGUGGACGAUACCAUGUGUUCAACAAUAAAGAACAAAAUCCUGAACAGGUCAUUCAGUUGCUCGACCAGAUUGAUAAAAUGGUCACAGGGAAUGGUGGGCAACACUACACCAGUGAGAUGCUUGAAAGGGCUGAGAGAGCGAUCGAGGAAGAGAAACAACGUAUCCUGAAGGAGAAUGAGGAGCAGGAGAAGGAGACAGGAGAGAUUGAGGGCUCAACUUGAAGACUAGAACCUAAAAAUCAAAAAAAAGCUGAAGAAAAGAUGAAGGAUAAACAUGAGCAGGAGGCAAGACAGCAAGCUGAGAGAAGCCCUUCAGUUUUUGGUCAAAUCUUUAAAUUUUUGGCCAAUUGUGUGAAGAAAGUUUUUAAUUUAGGCUAAUUGUGGAAAUAUAUUUAAUAUAUUUUCACCAUAUUUCAUACAUUUUAUGUUGUGCUAUGU